UAAUGAAUGGAAAUUGAUCUGGAAUGUAUUUUUGUUGUGUUUUUCCGGAUGUGUUUUCUUUAUUUUGUGUUUUCCUUUUACUUGUUCCACUUAUGUUUAUUGAUGUUUUCCGGUAUUUUUUGUGUUUUCCUACAUUAUUUUUUCCGGAUGUUUUUACAAUUAAUUUUUCCGAGUAUUUUCCGGAUGUGUUUUUUUGUGUUUUGUUUGUAUUUUCUUUAUAUAGUUUUCCGGUUGUAUUUUCUUUAUUUACUAGAAAAAUGCCUCUUAAAUUAUUAUUUUUGACAAAUAUUAUUUUUAUCAAUUUUUUACCUCAAUUUUUGGCUGAAAUUAAUUCAACUCUUAAUCCUCCCAGAAAUAACUCAAUUUUUUCUAAAAUGGAAAGGAGAAGAUUUUAUUUUUUAAAUAAAUCCAGACAACGGCGUCAGUUGCUAGAGGCCCCAAUUUCCAGUUCUGGUGCCCAACAAAUAGAUCUUAAUAUUACUGUACCCUUUGUUUUCUCAGCCAGACUUUAUCCUUAUGGUGUGAAAAAUGGGGAUGCCGAAUUGGUGCAGGAAUAUAAUGAAUUUAGACCGAGCACACCAAUACUUUUUAUGGGAAAAAGUAUUGACAAAAUCUGGAUUUGUCGUAACGGCCUUGUUUCCCUAAGUCCUACAUUUAUUGGUGCUGGUAUGCCCACACAAAUUCCAAUCAAAUCGGGGGAACCUCUUAUUGCCGUUUUCUGGACAGAAAGUGAACAUAGUGGAAGUUAUAAACGAAGGCUUUUUGUGAGGGAAAGUAUUGAUGAAAAUACAUUGGGAUUAGCCCAAAACGAGGUUAAUAUCCAAUUCCGCUACGGUAACUCCUUUACUCCACAAUCUGUAAUUAUCAUCACUUGGCUAGAGGAAGGAGAAGGAGAUAAUAAUGUAUUAUUCCAAUUAGCCCUGAUACUCGAUAAAAAUGCUUGUUUUGCCCAUUUUGUUUAUAGUCACAUUCCUGAGGAAGAAGCAAUUAUAGGAAUUAAUGGCCCUCAAUCUUCACAACAAGAUAAUGAAGAAAUUAAAAAUGAAGAAGAAACAUUAACAAACUCUUCCCCUAUAGCCGAUGUCGAAGAAAUACCUGAAGAAAUUAGAGAAGAAGAGGAAAAGAGAGAAACAUCAUUUAACCAACAAAACAUUUUAAAUACCCAACAAAACAUUCAACAACAAAAACAUAAAAGAGUUGAGGCUAUUCCUAUAUUAGAAAGACAUAAACGACAACAAGAAAAACAUUCAAAACAACAAUCCAAACAUUUUGUUUUUCCCGGUUCAGGAAAAACAUCUUUGCAAGUAACACAACAAUCAAAUAUCGGAAUACCUGGUGAAUGGCUUAUAAGAAUUGACAAUCCUGAACGUGUUUUUCUUUGUGGGGCUGGAUUUAAAGGAUUGGAAUGUGUUGAUUCGUGUUUGCCAUUACAAUGGUAUAUGGACUGGUAUGGUUGUUUUAAAGUUUAUUUUAAAGUUGUUUGUUUGGCGCUUUUUAUUUCUAAGUUUAUUUUGAAGUUGAUUGUUAAAGUUUUAUUUGUUCGAUUUAAAAACACUCCCGGCUCAUUUCUUUGUUUUUGUGUUGAAUACGAUAACCUGACAGGAUUGUGUGUAUCCCCCCAACCAGAUUCUCCUUUUUCAACAAAUAUUGCUUUAGAACCUUCAACAGAAGCUUCUUCCAUUUCUCAUCAAAAUUUAAUUUUUUCUAAAGAAGAAGGAAAAGAAAGAAUUCAAGUUCCAAUAGCUUCUCUUUCCUUAAUUCCUCAAUUAGGGCCUAAAACAAAAAAUACUUUAACAAAUACUAGACGCCAACAAGAAAGACAACCUUUAGGAAUAAAUAAUGAAGCAAUAAAUAAUAAUGGAUUGUCAAUUAAAGUUUUGCCUGUUACUAUUCAGCCCUUAUUUGCCGGUGUACGCCCUUCUCAUCCUUCUCCACCGAAUAAUUUAUCUCCUCAUCUCUCUCAACAAUCAUCCUUAAAUGAAUUAACGCCUUUAUUACCUUCUAAUCCUUCCAAUAUUCCUCUAUCAUCCCAGUCAAAAUUUCGUCCCCAUCCAAAUUUACUUCCACCAAUCCCCUCAACAUCAAUACCCAAAACAACUACAACACUUAUUCCUUCAUCUAAUUUAAUUUUUGCUGAUUGUCAUCGUCAAUGUAUAGCUGAACAAGGUAUCUGUCUAGAAGGGGGAGAGUGUAGAUGUGCCCCUGGAUGGCAAGGAGAUGGAAGAGUGGCAUGUAUGGAUAUAGAUGAAUGUGCUUCUAAAAAUGAAAAAAUUUGUGGUUCAAAUGCUGAAUGUCAAAAUCUUCCUGGUUCUUAUCAGUGUGUUUGCAACUCAGGUUUUGUUGCUAACCCCAAUGGUCAAGGAUGCCUUGACGUUGACGAAUGUGCAGAGAGUGCUGUACUUAAUACUUUGGAGAAUGUUUGUCCACACGCAAAUACCCGCUGUCAAAACACAAUCGGCGGUUUUCACUGUGAAUGCUCACCUGGGUUUAAUGGCGAUCCAAAUAAUGGGGAAGGGUGUAAUGAUAUUGAUGAAUGUUUAACUGCUGAAUAUUAUUGCGGAAAACACGCAACCUGUGUUAAUCUAAUAGGCUCUUUUCGGUGUGAUUGUAAUGCCGGGUUUGAACGUCAAUCAAAUUCCAAUCAUUGUCAAGAUAUUGAUGAAUGUGCGGAUGCUUCGAAUUGUCAUAAAGGAUCAGCAAUAUGUACAAACUUGGAAGGAAGUUUCCAUUGUGAAUGUAUUGAAGGUUUUAUUGGUGAUGGCCGUCAAUGUCAUGAAAGCAUUUUGUUCCCAACAACGACUAAACAAACUACCUCAUCUCUAUUUAACAACAAUCUUUCUCCAUUAACAACUAAGGAAGUUCAUUUAGAACAUGGGAAAACAUUAAAUAUUUUUGGGAAACAAUAUUCUACAUUUUAUGUCUCACCUAAGGGAAUUAUUUCAAUUGGGGCACCACUUAACGAAACUAUUGUAUCAAACAUUUUUACUGAUAAUGGAGGUGGUUUGCCUCCUUUGAUAUUGCCGUUAGUUGCUAAUUAUGACACUAAAUCUAUGGGAAGUAUUAUUGAUGUAAUGGUUGUUGAUGAAGACAAAACACAACUAUUAGGUGACUCGUUUCAACGUAGAAGGCGUGGGGGACUUUUAUCGCGUGCUUCGCUUUUAAUUCGUGAUGGGUUUAGAAUUGCGGAGUUUCAGGCUACCCAAUUAAUUGUUGCAACAUUUAACAAACUUGUAACAACACAAAAAGAUUUAACCGAAGAAAUGGUGAAUUUAAAAAAUAAUUUUUAA